CUCAACCACACAGAGUAGACACUCCUCCUGCGAGCAUUUGUGAAGCAGCUCCUGUCCCUUACGUCUCUUUGUGGGGAAACCGAGGGCACACUUUCUAGAGCAUAACUGGAGACAGAGACACAGAGUUCCAGGCAGGACGCCCAGGGUUCCAGCCUACAGCCACCCCUGGCCCAGCCCUGAGGGGGACAGCUCCCCCAGAGCACCUUGGCCAAGAGGUCCACAAAAGGAGAAGAGACGCUGAUCAACUGGACCGUCCCAGAAACUGUCUGUAACGCAGCAUGAAAGACUCCAUUGAAAGCACUCUCUGCGAGCUGGAUAAUAUUCCUGUCUGAAGCCUUGAAACUUUUGCAGACGUCUACAGAAAAAAUAAACCUAUAACAAGAAUAAGAAUAAGAAACAUUGCUAUGCUGGAUCCCAUAUGAGUAAGAGACUCUGCCUGGACUUGGAGAAGAUACAGGACUGAAGAGAUGUAUUCUGGCUGUGGAGUUGGAGUGGCCAGCAUUCAGAGCCAGUAUCAGGUCAGGGACUCUGUCAGACCAUACACCGGACCUGGAGGGAAUGCACAGGUCCCAAUGGAAACCGGUGUGACCCCAGCUAGGUGCCCAGUAUAUCAGGUUCAGCCUUACAGUGGGCAGCCCUCCUGCACUGUGAACAGUGUUUCCAACACACAGCCCACGCCGCUGCCUACACCUCUAACUCCACCUCCCGCCGCACUCAAACCGAGCCAGGAUGGGUUCAAGAAGGUGUGUCGCACAGAGGAGGACAGCCCGUGCCCUUUCCCAGGACUGGCCUCAGGAGUGCUGGAGAUGCGUGUCAAGGAGGGUAGUAAGAUCCGUAACCUCAUGGGUUUUGCCAUGGCUCGCAUGCAGGGGGAUGUCAGUGGUGGUGGGGAUAGUGGAGGCGGUGGCCUGAGGCAGGUCAUUUUCUCUGGGUCAGGUCGUGCCGUCACCAAGACCAUCACAUGCGCUGAGAUCAUGAAGAGAAAAGUGGGGUGUCUGCACCAGCUGACCAAGCUGCGCUACAAGGGCGUGAGGGAGGUGUGGGAGAGCCACGAAGGGGGGACAUCGGAGAUGACCGUUCACAGCACCGUCCCUUCCAUCAGCAUCCUUUUGUCCAAAGACCCCCUGGACCCCCAGGAGCCCGGCUACCAGCCCCCUGAGACCCUCUGUGCUCUCUGGGAGGAGAGAGAAGGUGUGGAUUCCCCACAGACAGCCAGCAAGAGACCUCUUGGUCUGUCCCCACACAGUAGUUUCCCUGACUCUAAGAGAGCGUGUCUGGGUCUGGACGAGGGGACUCUGGCUCUUUCCACCCCACUGGCUAACUGACUGACUGAACUGGUAUCAAACAGUCGAGUGGGAAGGAUCAGAGGAGUUCAUUCUGCACUGCCCUCCACUCAAGCACAGUGCUGAAACAAUCAGAACCUUCACUCUGACAAAACAGUGCUUUCUGAGGAGAACUGAGCACCCUACACACCCCAUCCUCCAGAGGUCAGUCAAUAUAGGACCUGAAAGCUAAGCUUGUCUCUGUAGAUACAGUAUUUAUUUAACCCAUUUCUCAGUACAAUCAAUCGUUCGCCUUUGUGCCCAGAGAUACUUAAUGUCAUCAUACUGUAUGUCACACGGUAAGAGCUUAGACAUGACAGCAAACUUGUCAUCACAUUUCAAAACAUCAACACAACAAAACACAGAGCGACCAAUCACCCAAGAGCCCAGAUUUCUGCUUUCAGUAGACUGACAAUACCUUUUGACCAUUGUAGUUCUGUUUUCCUAAUUAUAUCCUACAACUGCAAAUCUCUUAAAAUGCACAAGGUAGGUCCAAGACAUUGUAAUGAAUACAGAGAAUAUCUACACUCCCCUAUGUAUUUAUUUGGACAGUGAAGCAAAACAUUUUUAUUUGGCUCUAUACGCCAGCAUUUUGAGUUUGAGAUCAAAUGUUUCAUAUGAUUCGACAGUAGAGAAUGUCACCUUUUAUUUGAGGGUAUUUUCAUACAUAUCUGUUUUACCAUUUAUAAAUGAAUGCACUUUAUGUAUCUAGUCCCCCCAUUUGAAGGUGUCUUAAGUGUUUUGACAAAUGCAUUUAGAGUAUUAUUACGCUAUAAAUGAAUUUGUCCAAAUACUUAUGGCACCUUCAAAUGGGGGGACUAGAUACAUAAAGUGCAUUCAUUUCUAAACUAUCCAUAAUAUGACAAAUGUAUCAUGUUUUCAAAUAUCCAAACAUUCAAAUAAACUAUA